CGGUGUUGAGACGCCCACAGAUAAACGACGGAUUCGAGUUUUUUAUUCUAUUUCAUGUGAUUUCUCUGUGUUUCUUCAGGAAGAAAGACCAGAGGAAAAGCGGGAGAUUGCGGUGCAACAGUUCGCGCGCUGUUGCGUUUGUGUGUAGAGGCUGUGUUCGCCUUUUCGCUUUCGGGGAACAGCUGCUUGCUAUUUGUCUUUUCUUCGUUCCAUGGACAUGCCCCGAGAACGAAAGGGCAAGAGAAGGCGUCGCCUGGCACCCUCUUCUGGAAAGGAGACCGGCGAGGAUUCUUGCCUCUGCGUUGAACCGACUCUUCUCCCAGUUGCCCAUCAAAUACGAAGCGGCCGCCGAAAAGGAAGGAAACAAAGACAAGGCGUUUCGCCGCAGGUCUCUCCCUUUUUGCUUCCUCGCUCUUCUCGCCCAGGACGAGGAGGAGACGCCUGGCGGAUUCGCUUCCCUGCUCGUGGUAAACUUUGCCGCUUCAGCGCGCCUGGCAUUUGGUGCCGCUCGCUUGUUUUUCUGCAAGUCGAGUAAAAACCCGGGGCGAGAGCAGUCGAAAGGCAUGUCAACGAGUCCACGGAGAUCUUUCUCCACGCAGACUACGGAUAUUCGCUUGCGUGUGUAUAAGCCGAAUACGCACAGUAUAUAUGCAAUACUCCAUGUAUCCAACAUGCGUAGAUCGGCAGGUGCAGGUCUCGGAUAUCGUUCUCUGUGGGCCUCGACGCGCUGCUUUUGAAAGGAAUUCGCUGCAGAGGCCUGGUGACCGACCGCGCCUUGGAAGAGAAUCUGUCAGGCGUUUCUGCAGCCAGAGAGGCUGAGGAAGAAGGGGGAAGUCAGAAGGAGAGAUGAGACUCAGAGAAACGAACGAACUCGCGGAGAAACAACGGAGAUUAAACAGGGAAGAGAGCGAAAACGGAGCGCUGGCAGGAAAGAAGGAAGCGAGGAGAGAAGUGAGGUUCGAAGCGUCGGAGAUCAACGUCUCAGGUGUAUCUCCUUUGCAGUCAUCUUCAGCUGCUCUUCUCUUCAGCUGGAGAUGGACUUCGUUCGUUGUCUUCAUCAUGGCUGAGAGGAGGCGACGAGUUGUAUUUUCGUCGUGCUCCGUUGUUUCCUCUCUCGUCGUACCAGGUUGGAGUUCCUCCUCAUAAUCAACGGGGGAACAGCGGGAGCUUCCCUCACUGUGUUGCUCUUCUUCCCUGUUCUCUUCUUGUUCUCCUCUCGUUCCUGGCCUUCGCUGCUGUGUCACUUUCACAUUUCGCUUUUCUGCUGUCUGGUCUCGUUCGUCUUUCUCUCUCCUCCUCUUGUCUCUCCUCUUUGUCGGGCGUCGUUUCUCCUCUGCCCUCCCCCCGCUUCAUCCUCUUCUUUCUCCUCUUCUUUCUCCUCUUCUUUCUCCUCUUCCCCCUCGACUCCGUCUUCUCCUCUUGUUCUUCUUCCUCGUUGCGUUUUCCGGCUCUUCUCCUUUACGACUCUUCCUCAGUAUAUUCCAGUCCGAUAUGGAGAGACAGACGUCUUCGUCUUCGUCGUCCUCACGCCUGGCCUUCCUCUCUGGGUCGCGGCGCUUCUCCAAGAAGCGCGAGGAAUCUCCCGUCUGUGGGGAAGCGACGACGGAGACACCUCAGAACGGCGAGGGGACGCCUGUCUCUCGACCUCCUACGGCUUCCACUGGAGGCUCCUCGGAGGCUGUGACCCCCCAGGCGCAAAACAACGCAGUCCGUCCUGCCGCUGCUCUCCCGUCUGCGAGAAAGUCUCUUCUCUCUGGCGAGGAAGGCGAACGCGCUGCCUCGCUCUUCGCUCUCCCCUCUCAAGGCAGACAAGGAAGCGGCGCCGUCGUCAGUCAACGCAUCAAAGAUCUCCUCGCGGACGUCGACACCCGCGAGGCUCUUCAAACACUCGCAGAAGGGUCGUUUUUGCUGAAAUGGUGCAAGACGAAUUUCAAGAAACCACACGAGAGGUUUUUUUACGUCGACGCGAACGCGAUGGCCUUGAAAUGGAGAUCGCCGAAGAAGCCGGAAUCCGUCACGACCAUCCCCGUCGGAGACGUCCAGAGAAUCAUCCCGGGCGAAGACACAGACUUUGGACGAAACAAAGCGGACAAGUCGCACAGCAUCGAAAUCGUCGCGACUGGACGCGUCCUCCACGUUGCCUGUCGCGACGAGAAGGAGUGGAGGCUGUGGAUGAAAGGCCUUCUGCUCUACCACGACAUGGCGCUCGGCCAGCUCGCUAGUGAAGGCGCCUCGGACUUUGUUUCUGCGCAAUGGCAUGCAGUCGAGAAAGACGCAGACGGGAAAAUCGACCAGAGACAUCUGCAUGGCCUGCUGCGGAAGCUCAACAUCCAGGCAGAUGGCCGCUACGUCGAGGAGUUGUUCCAGACACACGACACAGAAAAUUCGGGGCGCCUCGGAUUUACAGAGUUUCGCGAGAUGCUCAACGAACUCCUCGUCCGCCCCGACGUUGACUACUACUUCACCGUAUACAAACUUCCUCACGAAGACUUCAUAGACGAGCAAGGCUACAGACGCUUUCUGCGAGAGGUGCAGAAAGUCACUUCCGAGGCUGAGGUAGAGGAGGAGCUGGCGAGUUUCUGCAGUGUCGACGAAGCCUUUCGAAAGCCUGGUCCGACGGUCAUGGUGUCUUCCCUCGGCUUCGACAACCUUCUCUGCGGGGAAGCGAAUUCCCUCAUGACGCCGCACAGAAUGAAAGUCCACCAAGACAUGAGUCUCCCUCUGUGUAAUUACUGGGUCAAGUCCUCUCACAACACUUACCUCUGUGGCGACCAGGUCGUCGGAAAGUCCGCAGUCGGACAGUACAUCGACGCGCUCCUGCGAGGAUGUCGCUGCGUCGAGCUGGACUGCUGGGAUGGCAGCGACGGCGAACCUUCCCUCUUCCACGGCGUCGGCGGCUACCAACUCACCAGUCGAAUCAAAUUCAAAGACGUCAUUCAAGCUUGCAAAGACUACGGCUUCCAGAGGUCGAAGUUUCCAAUUAUUUUAUCUCUGGAGAUGCACUGCAGCACAAAGCAGCGCAUUCGCAUAGCUGAAAUUCUCGAGGAAAUCUUGCAGGACCAAAUCUACAGAUGCCAUCCGACGAGUCCUCAGCCGUCGCCUGAACAGCUGCUGUGCAAAUUCAUCCUCAAGGGGAAGGUUCCGAACGAACGUGGAGAGAUGGUGGAAGAAGGAGACGAAGAAGAUCUCCAACUGGAAGAGUUGGAGCUGCGGAUGGCGAAGUCUUUGGAGAUGCUGGGGGAUGGCCAGCAGUUGAACGCGGACAUUUCUUCUUCGUUCGUUCAUGCGCUGGAAGGUCAGGGGACCUUGUUGUCGCUGCCAGAUACGCCGCCGGGUCUGAGCAUUUCUCAGCUUUCCUCGUCUUCGCUCGCGACGGCUGAGGCGCCCGAGGCCGAGCCGCGAGGCCGGGAGGGAGAAGAAGUCUCGCCGCUGGCUUCCCUGUCGCGGGAGGAGGAGCGCGGGACCUCCGAUCCGAAGGCAAAUCGCCUGAGCUCCUCGCCGACGAGCAAAAGCAAGAAGAACCGGAAUCUGUUCCUGAAGAAGAGCAGCAGCUUCACCUGCGCAAUCUCCGCUCGAAGUCGCUUGCCGAGCGCGCAGAGCCAAGAGGCGCCGCAACCGAUUUCCGAGGAGACACCGAGGAAGAGGCGCGAAGACUCGCGCGCAGCGUCUGUCGAGUGGAGGCGAGCGCGCACCGUCGACCGCCUCCACGAGGAGACGCGCGAGAACGAGAGACGCGGACCCUACCUUCCCGAAGCAGAGACGGAACAUGCCGGCGGAAAAACGAAGAGAGGCAAAAGCGCUGCCGCCACCCCCGGCGCCGCCUCUGCAGACAGCAAAAGCGAAAGACUCAAAACGUACUACCGAAACAUUGCGAUGCCAGGAAAGAAGUUGAGAAGCUUCGAGCAAGCGAGAAAUCCCAUGGACAUCUGCAGCAUGCCUGAGUCCCGCCUCCUGAAGCUGGUGAAGCAAUCGCCUGUCGAGUUCGCCAGCUUCAACCAAAGAUUCCUCACGCGCGUUUACCCCGCUGGCACACGGCUCCAGAGCAGCAAUUUCAGUCCGGUCGUUCCCUGGCUCUUCGGCGCGCAGGUAGUGGCGCUGAAUCUUCAGUCUCUCGGCAGUGCGACGAUUCUCAACGAAGGCCGAUUUCUCGACAACGGAGGCCCUGCCGGGGGCUAUGUGCUGAAGCCUGAGAUGAUGCGAAAUCCCGCGCGUCCAUUCGUCCCCGCUUUCGCCGAGCUCUCGGCUUGUCGCGAAACACCCGUCCACUUCACCAUCAAGAUUCUGUCGGCUCACCAGCUUCCGCGCCCCGUGACGGAUCCUUGGAAAGGCCCAUCGACGAUUAAUAAAAUCAAAACGCGGAAAAGUACUGAUCUCUCCUGUCCCUUCGUCUCCGUCUCCAUUCAUGGCGUAAAAGAGGACACAAAGGCCUUUCGCACGCCCACUGUAAUGAACAACGGAUUUAAUCCGAGAUGGUCCUCGCCAGAGUCGACAUUCGAGUUCAUCGUACACGCCCCCUCCGUCGCUCUCCUCAUGUUCAAAGUGCAGACUGCGGACUCUGUUCGCAGCGAAUUUCUUGCUGCUGCAUGCUUUCCUUUCGACGCAAUUCGCCCAGGGAUCCGUUGGGUGCCUCUGUUUGACAGGAAAUUCUGUCGACUUCGGUGGACAGGCCUCCUUGUCUAUUCUCGUAUCGUCCCGCUCGAACGGGAUGAUGCGACCAACACCUGGAACCCUGCAGUCUCUUUCCAGGAUGAGAACACACCCCCUCCACCGGGAGCCUUGGUGUGAAGUCACCAUUCCCCUCAGGGCACAUUUCAACAGGCCCUGUACGCCCGCUGAUACACACACAUGUCUACAUAUAUAUAUAUAUAUAUAUAUAUAUAUAUAUAUAUAUAUAUAUAUAUAUGUAGACAAAUACAGAUACACACAUGUGUUUAUAUGAGAAUAUCUGCCGAGAGGAAAGAAGGAGGUCGAGUCGGUCUUCUUGUAGAGGAAGAAGUGAUUUGUCAGAGACGAGAGAAGUCCUUUCGGAAUGUGGGCGCUGUCAAGCCAACGCUCGUCCAGGCACAGACGUAAAGCAUGCCUAAAUUCGAAUGGCAUGAAGACAUGUGCCGCAGACGUACACGUGGAGUCCCGUAGACAAGAAAGCCCACAGGCAUUUCCAAUUGCCUUGGCUUGUGAAUACAAAUGAGAAAACGGGUAUUGGUAGGCAGUCGCGGUGUGCAGAAAUAUGGCUGCGGUUGUUCGUGAAACACGAAGGGUCUGAAACGGAUUGUGUAUGGAUACAUCCGAUAGGUAUUGUCUGGUAGAAGUCUCCUUCGACGUCUUCGAUUGUAUCUUGCAUGCGGGGAUGGUCUGAUACGUCGAGCUCCGGCUGUGCUAGAGUCGGUCGCCGUGCAUCAACGGCACAAGACGGUGGAGGAUGAGAUAGGAGACAGAGCGAUAGGGACGAGGCAGCGUGUAAGCGUAAAGUCAGCAGGAGAGAAAGGCGCGCGCGCACAGCGCCAAGUGUGCGGUAGGAAUGAAGCAGGCGAAUACAACAGGCAACGAAAGAUCUCAAAAUGCCAGAGGGCGCGCCGUGGCAACACGACACCGAGCCGGCAACGCGAAGCCCGCAAGCCGGCAACAACUACGGUGGCAAAACAAGAAACAAGAACUCGAGGAAAAAGAGUCCGUUGACUGCGGCGCUGGAAAGAUGCAGGGGUGAAUUUUUUGUAUUGCAUAAUGUCUUGAGUGACACCGCUUCAGAGACGCCGUUGUUUCUACGUUUCAGCAGGCGAGACUCUGUCGGUGGCGUGCAGCGGCCCGCGGGUAAAUCAGUUGCACGCCUUGCGUGGAACUCUACUUUUUUUCGAUCGGUUCCUCGCUCGUCCUUGUUGAGCGAAACCGAGCACAGCACUGGCAUGCUGUAGAGAAGUCCGCGCCAGAAAGUAGUAUCCAAGAACUAAACGACAUGAAGAAAGACGGAUACCUGGACAGCGAGCUACGUCGACGCGUCGCGGAAAAUGAACUCAAAGGUGCACUUACACCUCAAGGGAAGUUCCCAGGUGUAUUUACACCUCACUGAGUGUGUAGGCACAUGCGUCGAAAAAUUUGUGUCAUGCUCAUUUUCCUUGAAUCGCCGUUCCACCUUCCGCUUCCUCUUCUCUGUAAUGGCGUUUCGCCGGCGUAGGCUCAUCCUGUGUUUUUGUCAUACACUCGCCGUAGCCCCCGUUCAAACUUGUUUCCCUGCUCGUUAACACUCGCACGACUGCAAGAGCAGGGAGGGGCCGCAUCAGUUGUGGAACAGGUUUCCGGUCAACAAUUGUGUGUGGGACGUAGCGCGUUUGUUGCACAGGUGUGGUUCUCGCGAGAGGUAGAGAGCGUUCGACGUAAAAAGGUUUGACUCGUGCAGUCAACGUUCUUUCGGAUUCUGUCCUGUAGUAUCUACAUGCGUGCGUGUGUGUGGCAGUGGUACAUGUGAAUAUCUGUAUUUGUUCACACGUGUGCGGUGGACUCUCUGUUGCUCUUUCCUGGACGAGUAACACUGUGUGGAAACCAUUCUCUUCUAUCUGCCGGAAGCACAGAAGUGGUUCAAUGGAUGGCGGCGGAACUUUCGUUUGCGCAUGCGCCCCCCUUUCGUGCUGCAGCAUUUGGACGAAGGAGCUUUUAUUGGAAAGCAUUAACAAGGUUUUGUGUCCUGGCUCUCUUUCUGACAUUAGAGAAAGCGACACGUCUUUUUUUAGCGAGGUGGGCACCGUCCGAUUGAUUAUCGCGUGCUCCGAUUCAGGGCGCUGUGGUUUGACUUCCAUAAUCAGUUUCAGGCGAACUGGCACAGAGAAACAACCCUCCUACCUCUGAACAGACGGGUACAGAUGUGAGUCGCGUCAUUCUACGGACUCUGUUCUGUCUUAGUCUCGUCCUUUGUUUAUGAAAGACAAGAGAGCAUCAUAGUAGGCUGGGCCAGAGUGGCGAGACCGUGUUGUUUCUUCACACCCGAAGAAUCACGCUGUCCUUCAGCGAAGGCUUUGAAGACGAUUGCCGUUUUUAAACGCAAACCCAUGACUGAAUCGGUUUAUUUCGCAUAAAUCCCACGACACAACGAAUGUGACACCGACAGACACGUUCUCUCACAGGUCAGGACGUGCACACUAGACUCAGUACAACGCCUGAAGGCAACAGUGAAAACGUAAAAAGAACGGUCAACACACGACCGACACACUCCGUUGCAUCAGACACAAACGGAAGAAGCACCAGGACGUGCAUCCCCUUCGUCUGCGGCACCCAGCGCAGCGUUCCGGCUGCCGAACCCGCGGCGGAGCUCGCGCAGCACCAUCCACCUGCAAGCAAAGAACAGCAGGAUUGAAAAGAGUGAACGUUGCUGUGGAGGUGUGUUACGGCUUCGGUAAAUGUCGACCUGGCUGGCGGUUCAAAUUGUGGUCGUGUGAGACUGACGACAGCACGCGAUUUCUGGGUGUCCCUGUGCUCACCUCUGUUGGUGGAUGCAGGUCCUCCCACCAAUUCGGUUGUGCUACCGACAGUGGGGGAUCCUGAAGAAAUAUGGCGACAUAGCAAAGGAGGACAGCUGCAGGUCGUUUUCUGUCGAUGUUUCAGCAGUGGUCCUGAUAGACGCAAAACUGCCGCUCAGCCUGGAAUAGUGGCACAACCGCUAUACAGUUGCUCGCAAGCCUGCCUGGCAGCAUCCCAGGAAGUCGAACAACCAGAACGGGUUCAUGUUUCCCGAAUCGAAUGGCAUAGCGCAGCGAGUUCAGAAAGAGCUUGAAAGGUUUCCGUCUUCCGUCGAAGAAACGGAUUGGUGAAGGAAUAAUUGUUGUGUGAACGACGACUACUCUUUCUGGACCUCAGCACGGAAUCUGUUGGACUUUUUGCGCUCGAAGGCUAGCCGUGGCACUUCAGUGGGUCCAGCAGCGUACGAACACGGACACGCUAUGUACCCAGACAUCGUUUGAACGAUCAUACACGUUUUCUGUCUGAUGCAGUCUCCCUCUGCCUUCAUGUAUCCAUGUUGAGUGACCGACCAUUGGUCGUCUCAUUGAAGGGAAAUAUCGUUGCCUAUAGAACGUAAUGCAGCAAGCCUUCUGCUCAAUCGACGUCCUGGUUUGUGGACGGAUUCAUGCUUGGCACCGGCAGCUUCAAGAUGGGUUGUACCGUCCAGUGGUUCAUUACAACAGACCGUGGAACUGUGGUUCAAUAUGGUUGAGCAACGAUUGGUUUGUUCGAUAUAUUUGUGCGACAAACAAGUAUACGAAGGUCGAUAGACAACUGCUGC